GGCCACCACCCUGCAAAUCAUGACCAUGUCUCAAAAUCUCUCCCUCCUUUGUUGUGUCUUUCUCAUUUUUAUCUUCAUCACCCCAUCAACUUGUCAAAACCAUGAUUGCAAAACCAAAGGCAUGUUUGUCUUUGGGAGUUCAUUAGUUGACAAUGGCAACAACAAUUUCCUCACAAACUCCCUAGCCAAGGCAGAUUUCUCCCCCUAUGGAGUGGACUUCCCCCUUGGCCCUUCUGGAAGGUUCACCAAUGGAGAAAAUGUAAUUGACAUUUUGGGGAAGAAGCUGCAACUCUCAGACUACAUCCCAUCUUUCACUGAUCCCUCAACAAGGGGUGGCAGGAUAGUUAAUGGUGUUAACUUUGCUUCUGGUGGUUCUGGGAUUCUUGAUGACACUGGUGCUCUUGCUGGAAAUGUAACCAGUUUGAAUCGGCAAAUCAGCAAUUUUGAGAAGGUGACUCUACCAGAACUGGAGCAGCAAUUUGGGAACAGUAAUAGCAAAGAAAUUCUGUCUGAUUUCUUGUUUGUGGUUGGAAGUGGAGGAAAUGACUACUCACUUAAUUACUUUCUUGGGUUGGCCAACACUAAUGUCAGCCUUGAAGCAUUUACUGACUCUGUCACAGCUAUUCUCUCUGCCCAACUCAAGAGGUUGCACGAGCUUGGGGCCCGGAAGUUUGUGCUGAUGGCGAUCAAUCCGAAUGGCUGCAGCCCGAUGGCCUUGGCCAGGGUCCCAACACAAGAGGGGUGUGUGGAGAAUUUGAACAGAGCAUCGGCGAUGUUCAAUGACAACUUGAAGAGCUUGGUAGAUGAUAUCCGGCCUCAAAUGCCCGGUUCUAAUCUUGUUUUCGUCAACGCUUACAAGAUUCUGAGUGAUAUAAUCAAUUCUCCUCGAUCUCAAGGUUUCCGGGAUGCAAGCAAUUCGUGCUGCGAAGUAAGGCAAGUGAGCGAAGGCGGGACGGGGAUCUUGUGCAAGCGAGGGGGCUCGAUUUGCAGCAAUAGAAGUGAGUAUGUGUUUUUUGAUGGCUUGCAUCCAACACAAGCUGUAAAUGAAGUUAUAGCAACCAAGGCUUUCUCUUCUCUAAUUGGAGAUGAGGUCUAUCCUUUCAAUGUCGACAAGCUCUCACAAAUUUAAGCCUUUUAAUUUGAUUUCGGUAAUGUAAAUGCAUGGAAUUGGAAUCCUCGCAGUUCAUCGUCUUGUAUGAGCUAAUCUCAUCUUAAUUAGAAGUUGGUUCAA